AUGGGCAUUUCCUGGACUGCAGAAUUUGGGGUGUCAUUCUUGACUGGUCCCUCUGACUCAGUACAUCAGUCUCAAACUCUAUCAGUUAUUCCCCAUGAACAGGUGAAAAACUGCUCUUCUCACAAGCCUUCUCUCUGUGUCACAGGAGCAUACACGUUCGUUCCGUGGCUGCUGAGCUUUAAAAGAGGAAGGGCCCUGGAGGAGAAGGAAAAUAAAAUACUGGUGAAAGAAACCGGUUACUUCUUUAUAUACGGUCAGGUUUUAUACACCGAUAACACCUUUGCCAUGGGACAUCUAAUACAGAGGAAAAAAGUCCACGUCUUUGGGGACGAAUUGAGUCUGGUGACUUUGUUCCGAUGUAUUCAAAAUAUGCCUGAAACACUACCCAAUAAUUCCUGUUAUUCAGCUGGCAUCGCAAAGCUGGAAGAAGGAGAUGAGAUCCAGCUUGCAAUACCACGUGAGGAUGCUAAAAUAUCACGAGAUGGGGACGGCACGUUUUUUGGUGCAUUGAAGCUUCUGUGACCUACUUACACCUUGUUUGUGGCUGUGUUCCUUCCUUUCUCUGUACCUCUAAGGAGAAGAUACUUAACUGGAAAUACCAAAAGGAAGAAAAACAGUAGUUACCAUAGCCUUUUCUGGGAGCUACUUGUUUUGAUUUGCUGAUACUAGACCAAAACAGGAAAUUUAACAGACAACCACAGCCAAAGGGUGUCAUGUGAAUUACAAGAACUAGGGCCCGUUUAGGGAAAGCUAGAAGUAGGCUUCUCACUCUAAUGCCAUGUUGAACGACUUAGUCAUGGCUUCUUGACCUGGACGGAGCACAGGUUGCAAGGGGACAAAAAUCAUUUCUUCCAAAAUGGCAUUCCAUUAUCGACUGCGGAACUAAGUGUCCGUGUCUGUCGGACAUGAGGACAUUCUUGGGGAAUCUCAGGAUCCAACCUUUCUCUUUAUGUUAAGUAUGCCCCUCUCCUUUUGCAGUUAGCAUUGUGGAAAGUAAAACAAAAAAAAAUUAUAGAAAUCUUGCAUUUGACAUAUGAAAAAGUAAUUAAAAGCUUACAUUGAAAUAUAUUAAGCAGUUGGACUUAAAAUACAGGUACUAUUUAAAUUCUUCUGGUUUACUUCAAGUCUGCAGUUUUUAUCUGUAAUAUUAUAUCACCUGAUGGACCACCAGAUAUUUUUCACAGGAGGGAAGUCAUUCUCUCGUGUGUCUAUCCCUAACAUGUAUUUUUUCCUAGCUAAUUUCAGUCACUUCAGAAACUUUACCGGGGGGUAAUUCCGAUUCUUACGCAUAUGAGCAUGAAGUGAAAAAAUAGCUCUAAUUGUUCUUAUGUAAAAAUAAAAUCUCCACUAGAAGUUAAUGAAUACAUUUAUAAUGAAUCUAUUUGCCCUUUAUUUCCUAGUCUUCUGUUUUAAACUGCUGCUAUUAUCCCAGCCUUUAAAACAUACUCAUGUUAUUAGCUUUACAGAAGUUGAGGUUUCAUUAAAGUUCCUGGCGUCCUGAAGGGUGUUCGGUGCCUUGUGCUUGUUACCUGGCUGAGAAUAUGCCAGAGACACCACCCUCCUUUCCAUCUAAUAGAGAAUCGCAUUCACAAAUGCGUCUUUAGGACAUCAAUCUCCCUUGUUCUGCUUGUCUUUUUUUGUAAAUGUCAUUGGUUUAGAGUUUACUUUAUUAAACAGUUUCCUUCUCUAGUUUAAACAGUAGGUGGAAAAAAAUAGACCCUGGUCUAUACUUAUUUUCUCCAGUCCACAUUGAAAUGUGUUUAAGAAUAUGCUUUUCAAAACGAAACAAGAGAUGAUUUGUAUUUUGUGUCUAAGAUUAAACGUUGUUUAAAGCUC